AUGUCCUCUUCCACCAGCCCCAGAAAGCGACAACGCGUUAUUGACGAAGAAGAAAAAGUACUGGCAUUUAUUAACCAUCCAACCCUCUAUUUUGACGAUGGCAACAUUAUAUUAAGCUGCGGAAGCACUCUAUUUCGCGUGCAUCGCUCCAUUUUAUCCAAGCAUUCGUCUGUCUUUCGGACGAUGCUUGACCCUGAAGUAGAUGUCAAGCGCGAAUACAUGCGGGGCUUCGUACACGUUGCUUUAGAUGACACCAAGGAUGAUAUUGAGGCGCUUUUGAACGUGAUCUACAAUGGCUUACGGAUUGACUUUCCCGAGCUGACUGUCGAGAACUUCACUGUCCUCUCCGGCAUUUUUCGCAUGAGCUCCAAGUACAAAAUCGACCGUCCACGUACAGACAUCAUCGAUCGCAUUCAACAAGAAUGGCCGUGCUUGCUCGAGCAGCACGACGCUAAAUACGAGGCCUUUCGCAAGCGCUAUGAGCAGACUUCUUCUCAUAUCUCGCAAGGUGGGCAACUUGUGCCCAAUCCUCACUACGACUUUGCAGUAGCCGCAGCCGCUGGUGAAGAUAUCGUCGUACAUCCCGCGAGCGUAAUCGCACUUCUGCGCGAAGGAGGCUGCAAUACACCUUCCAUCCUCGCGCCACUGUUUUAUGCACUUAGCUGUGACACCUGGCAGUUUGGCGGACCCGCGGUGGGCCACCAUAUUGCGCCCCUGGCGCUCACAGACAUAGAGCGAUUCAUCGUUGGAUUGGAACGUCUCCGCGCCACGCAUGCUGCGUACGCUGUCCAGGGACCGACGUUUGGUAUCCCUGCAUCCCAUGUGCCUGUGUGUUCCCCUGGUAUUCGGAGCUACUGGGCGGAAGUGUCGAAGGCGCUGUUGCAGAGAACAACUGGAUCUCGCCGACCCAUUGAGGACUGGAAAGAUGUGAUCGCUAUAGCGAAUCAAGAGGGAGGGUUUACCGCAUACGGUGUUUGCCCAGAGUGUUCUGCAGCAGCGAUCAGAAACAUGAAAAGUAUACGACAACAGCUCUGGAGACAACUUCCUACUUUCUUUCAGCUGAUGUGA